CGUCGAUUCACGCUCUGACUUGAUACUAAAAUUGCUAGGUUGUGUUGGUUUUGCGGUCCUUGCGACUCAGUCUGUUGAGGCAAGGAGGCCCUCCCCGCGGCGUGGAGGUCGUGUAAGUCGGACGUAGUAACCUGAAAGGAGAUAAAGAGUUAUCACAUGAUUUGAAAAAUACAUGUUGUGGACGACCACAAUUGAACAUUGAUCCGAACUUGUUCUACCUUCACGCCUGGGCGUCUAUCUCCACCUAAUCAACAAAAACCGUCCAGCGCGAAACAGGACCACGACAUGGCCUCCUUGCAGCGGGGGAUGUCGACCACAGGUCUCACCGUUCCCACUCCGGUGCGAGAGACGAUGGAGAAGCUCGCCAAAAAGCACCACCAGCUGGAACGGCAGGAGACGGACGUUUUCUACACCGCAAACCACGAGUAUGCCUUGGUCUAGUUGUAGAGUUCUUCUUCAGAGUCAAGUCAAUGCAGAUGGUGUGCCAUCGACGCAGCAGAGUCUGUCAUGGGGAGAUGGAGCAGAAAGAAAGUAGUCCGCUGUUGCCGGAGAUGUAUCUAUUGAUUCUCUGGGAUGAUUUUUCCGCAUAUAGUACUAGCAUUUUUGAUCUCCAUAGGCAACAUAUCAGUACGAUGAAAAUAUUGAUGCUGCUGUACGUACUUUCACUUUCACUUUGACGUGCCUCUGGCUACAUCCAGUUUUGCGACGGCAUUCGCCUCCAGAGUUCAACUCGCACCUGUCCGCGAACGACUGCACUACGCAGGAGAUUUGGCCGCGGGUGCUGAUGAUACAGCGGCAGCUGGGGGACCUGGGGAACAAGCUGGACCUGUUGCACGACAGCGUGGACUAUCACCUGUAAAAAUGUCUGGGUCUGGAAGAUUGCAGACUUGUCAUGCAUAUUUUGUAUGAUGAUUGAUGCCUCUGAUGCAUGAUCUAGCAACACAGAUUUUUAGAGGGCUUCCUAAUGCCUAUUCCGCAUGAGAAAGGCCCUCUCCGCGUAACACAAACUGGAGUCCUGUUGCUGGUCAUGCAAUACAGAUUCUUUUGGACUCCAAAGACAGCAUUACAAGUUGCAAUCUUCCAGACCCAGACAUUUUUGCAAUCCACAUGGACCCAAGUAUGGUCUGCGUAAAACUGGAGGAUGCGAAAACUGAGGUAGAGGAGUAUCAAAUGCAAAAAUGUUUGGGUCUAGAAAAAAGCAGCGCUUGUCAUGCAUAUUUAGCAUGACUCCUGAUGUCUCUGAUGCAUGCCCUAGCAUCACAGAUUUGUUGAGGGCUUUGUGAUGCCUGUACUGCAUGAGAAAUGCCCUCUCGGUGUAACAAAAAAUGGACCUCUUUUGCUGUUCACGCAAUGCAGAUUCUGUGUAGAAUCCAAAGGCAGCAGCACAAGUUGCAACCUUCCAGACCCAGACAUUUUUGCAUUCCAUAAGGAGACCGUGACGCGGAUUCAGGAGUUAGAGGAGCACGUCCAGGUGUCGAAAGUGUGCAGCACCGCGGAUUAUGCGACGGAAAUUUUGCUGCGGUUGGACAGCAUCCAAACGGAGUUGACGCAGGUGAAAAAGGAUUUACGGAAAACCGAGGCCGAGGUGCGGUUUGUGGAGAAAAACAUGUGCCAAUGCGUGGUGAUGUAGCAGUAGCAGUAGUGGACUGGUUGAUGAAUUUAAUCUAUCAUGUAAUGGGACAAAUAGAACUGAACAUCGAAGAGCAACUGCGUUUUAGUUUUACACUUUUACUAAUAAAACUAGAAGUUGAAUGAAAGGAGAAACAUCGGGAAUAUCGACCCAUUUCUAAUUUAUGAAAGUUGAUUUCCAAGAAGAGUUUUUGUGAAUACUACGCAUUUUACAACGGAAAAUUAUUUCUGGUUUUGAUGCUGAGCAUGUAGCCGGUUGCGUUAUGGAAAAAGAAUCACACUCACACAGACUGCUGAGCACAAGAAUUCAUCUAAUGUGGACAGUGAUUUUCAUUCUUUGUAAGGUAGUUUCAGGAGGUUCAUGAAAGUUCAUGGCAGAAGAAGUUCCACAGCCAAGCUUUCUCGGAUGAAAUUUUUGAAGGAUCAUGAAGCGAGUUGUUUAGAAGUCGAACACAUUCUGUAUAUCUUUUUGGCGGCGUUUCCUACAUUGUGCAGCACUUGUGUGUCCUCGUGCGCCGCAGGCAUUGGAGGUAAUGCGAGCUUUGUAUUCGCAAUCAUUUUUAACCGUGCCGAAGCGAAAUAAUUAUUGCGAAGCAG